AAUGACUGUAACUUCCCUGCACAUGCAAAAGCUAAACAAUGCAAGGCCAACAUAUGUCUACACGUACUAAGAGUAUGCAAAAAAGAGCGUUACAGCCAGAUCGUACUCCCUAACUUAGCUUACGGGUUAUCUUUUCAUGAUGCUUCCGACACGGAUCUUAGUGUUUUCCAGCAAUUUUUAGACCCAUGCCGUAAAUUGCCUUUUAUAUCAGUGCCGUUAAAUAUUAGAUGUCUACUGCACAAACAGGAUAAAGCGAUUUUAGGAAAAGUUAAACAUUGUGAUAACCACCCCUUGAAGGUCUGCUUUCCA